CGCGGCAUUUCAUUGGUCAGAGCGGGAAGUUCAAACUUGCAUUCGGAACAUUGUCUGCAUGGAAAGGAGUUAACAUUUCAUCAUGGGAGGUAUUGGCAGCAAGGUCGAAAUGUUGGAUGAUGGUACAGGUACCCCAGUCAAGUGUCAAAUUGGCAGUCGCCAACUAGAUGAUGAUCCCCGCUCACCUACCAACAACAUUCCACGUACACCUAUCAUAGUGGACAAAACACCUGAUGGACUUCUUGACCCACGCUCCCCAACUCCUGGAAUUUGGAGAACGCCAAUUAACAAUUUUAUGAAAAAAGAUGAAUUCAAGUCUGUGCAAGAGGACGUCAAACCUCUCCUGGAGGACAACACAAGUCCAGACAUGUCACGCAAGAAUGACGAUGUCGAGGCAGACAAACUGGACAUGAAGGAUGACUUGGGGGGCGGUGGCAGCAGUAGCAGAACUACAACACAUGUCACUGUCCGACGCGGAUGAUCUGCAAGUCUUCUUGUUACAAACCCUAAGCCAGUUGUCACAAAGAAACCGAAAGGACAGAAGACACAACCAAAGAAGCUUUUCUACGACAAGAAGAAAACCAGCAAGGCCUUCAGCUCCACCCCUAAGUCUGUGCUCACCUCCACCCCACCCCGCUCCCCACUCUCCACUGUUGUCAUAGACACCAACUCCCCACGUGUCAUCAUGCACAGGAAGCAGACAAAGAAGAUCGACGCAGCUCGUCAGUGCCGGCUCGGGGCUCUCAAAUCCUCACAGGAUAAGGAGAACGUUGACAUGUAAAGUCUGCUCAAAAUAUAUUUAAUCUAUGGCAAAUGACUGCAGUUUGGAUCGACUGUGUUUACUUGAUGCUUCUGUUGUGAUUGCUACCACACAUGAUUAGAAAGGUCAAGGUCUGUCUUGGUGUCAGAGGUGGACUGAGUACAUCCUGCAUGUGACACUGGACAUGAUAAGAAGAAGACCAUGGUCCAGUUAUGCAGUGAGUCAGCUAACAGGAACGCAUUGCUUUUAGUGCAGAUUUUACUGAAUCAUUCAUGAUACAUCACUUUGUUUUAGCAUUUAUUGCAGUGAACAUGUUAAACACAAACUGUAUAGAUAAAACAAUUGAUUGAAAAGUAAACCAUCAGUAUUCUCAAAUCACAUCUACCUCUGAGAAAACUAACCAAUCAAAAUCUUUCUUUUUUCACAGCUGGUUUAACAAAACUUCCAUUUUGUUUCAACUGCUGUUAUCAAGAUGAGAACUUAUGUGGUAGUCAUGUCUUGGUCCAGCUGCUGUCAACAAAACAUGAUCUCACAUGGUAGUCAUGUCUUGGUCCAGCUGCUGUCAACAAAACAUGAUCUCACAUGGUAGUCAUGUCUUGGUCCAGCUGCUGUCAACAAAACAUGAUCUCACAUGGUAGUCAUGUCUUGGUUCAGCUGCUGUCAACAAAAC